AAGGCUUAUGUGUUUUAAACGACACAGGCUUUAAAUACAUUUAGAAUACUUGACACAAAUGGUGCGUUAUGCGGCCGGCUAUGCACACCAAGUUUAUUAAAAGUAAACCACAACAAUCACAGUGAUUGAGUCAGUUUGAAGUAUUUGCAAAUCUUAAAAUAUCCGCUAUAUUUGUGGUUUGUGUCGACCUAUUGCGGAUUAAAACAGAAAAUAAUGAACGUUCUACAAGAGCCAAACGUAACACUUCUCGCAAGGUAUUCAUAAUUACGAACAGAUACUGAUGAAUAAUGGUAUACAGCUGCUGGCAACUAUACUAAAAGUGUAGAACUGACCGAACGUCAUCAGUGUGGCUUCGUUGAUAAACAGGAAUACUUGUGGAGAUAACUAUCAAAGAACUGACCGAACGUCAUCAAUGUGGCUACGGUGAGAAAAAGGAAUACUUGUGGAGAUAACCAUCAAAGAAUUCCGACAGCUUGAUCUAAAUAAGACAGAGCAAAACCGUAACUGUCCGCAACAGACAAGACCGGACAACGUGGGAACAGAAGAGCAGAAAGCAAACUGUAAAACCAAUUAUUUGAAACUACCCAGCGUUUGUGCCUAUGUUUAAAGAAUUCUGGAAUUUCGGAAAAAUUGCUUGUUUCCGGAAAGGUUUUGAAUAAACACAUCUGGAAUAGACGCAUUCAAACGAGACUAAUUCAAAGUUUACUGCCAAUUACUUACUACGCUUGGAUUACUUUGACUUUCUUCCUAAUCGUAAAACGGUAUUGUAAAGAUACUUAACCAUACUAUUGGUUUCGAGUAUUGAGGAACUAUUGAGUGGUUUACGUGAUUGAAUUGGUUUCAGUUAUAUACGGUAAAAAGAGUUCUUGAAAGUUCUUGAAAGCCGAAGGUGAUUUGAAAUUUGCAAACUAUAUUCAUAAUAUCUUAAUACUAUCAAAUUUAAAAUUUAAAGUGGAAUUGCCAUUCUUUUUAUUUAUGUUCAAACCGAGAUGUAAGCUAUGUACAAUUUGCUCAAAUUUUAAAUUUCUAAAUGAACAUGAACAGUGAGCUUUAUACUCGAAUUACUAUAUUAUUCCACAUCAGUGAAUCAAUUCUUGGAAUUCGACGAGACAAAAAUCAUGCAUUUUUAAUGUAUAAAAAGAAAAGGUGACAUAAAUGAUCCAGUUUAAUAGACGAUCAUUUACAAAAUAUACUGAAGUUUGUGUCAAAAUUGGUAUAAAAGCCAAUAAUUGGUGAAAUAUCUGUCAUCAAGAUGAACGAGGGAGAUAAUAAUAAGAUAGUGAACGUAUCGGGCGACAAAUACCAGAUUUCACCAGGACUUGGUGACGGUAUCUUGAACGGGACGGAUUGUUUUGAAUGGUGGUGCGUUGAACACACCACUCUGAUUGUUCUGGAAGCCGUGGCCAUCAUUCUGUGUCUAGUGGGCAGCUUUGGAAAUUUAGUAACUGUGCUUGCUAUAUUAUUCUCAAGCCUCCGAUACAGCGUAAACUGUAUCUUGAUAGGCAGUCUCAGCUUUGCUGGAUUUUUGUACUGCUCGCUAAUCAUGUCGAUGCAAGCAGUGAUUUUUCAUAGGAAAUCUCACAAAAUACCGCACGACUUCUGCUCUGCAGCAGGAGGGAUUCGUUAUACCCUGACUGGAGUGAUAAUGGCACAUUUAGCUGCCAUUGCAUUGUACAGGUUUCUGAAUGUCGUUUAUAUCAAUAAGUACAGAUAUAUGUCAGACAACCGACAACUCGUCAUUUCACUUAUAGUUUGUUGGGUGUUGCCCUUGAUUUUCACCAUUCCUCCUACCUUUCGGGUGUGGGGUGCAUUCCGAUUUCAGUCCCAGAUUCUCUCGUGUACGUUUGACAAAAGUGCUGACCAAAGCAACAGAGUUGCCAUGGUAACCGCUGGUUUUAUUGUACCUUGUCUUUUUAUCAUAUACUGCUACGCCCGGAUUGGAUUUACCGCUUACAGAAGCUUUAAACGUGUAAGUCGAUGGAAGAGCCACUCUCCCCAGUCAAAGGCAAUACGAAUUUCAACAAUGAUGAUGUGUAUAUUUUUAAUAUUUUUCCUCGGUACCUUUCCCUACUUUGUUUUAAACGUGACGGACAAAGGUUUCAAACACCCUAUUCACCACAUUUGGACAACUAUGUUUGCUUGGGUGUUGUACUGUUGUAACCCUGUAGUGUACACUUUGAUGGACAAUAACUUCAGGUCAGCGUACAAGAAGAUAUUGAUGGGUGAUUGUGAAAAAAAUCCUGUUAGGAGAGCUGGAAGUACAUUUUCACGUGCAGCUUCUGUUUAGAUAUGAAAUAUUACAUCCAUUUCAUUGUCAUAUUUUCAAAUUGGAAAAUUAUGUUGUUUCAAGUCCAUACUAAAUCAGUUUGAGAUAAAUUCUCCAUGCUUUAAAAAGGUGAAAUAUUGAAGUUUACACUCUAUACCUUCUUUUACCAGUUUGUAUACAUGUUUCAAGUUCUGAAAGAGAUUGUGCACUAAUUUUUCCUCCAUUGAAAAAAUGUAUAUCUGUAUAAUGUAUGUAUACUAUGUGAUUGAGUGUGCAAAAUGAGGAACCUCGUGGAGGGAAAGUCGAGUAACCUAAAUGACAUAAUUUCCUUAGAAAAAAUGUGUCGAUGAAAGAAAACAAAUCUGUAUGAUCAAACGAUAAGUUUGUUUUCCCAAUAUGAAAAUGUAUUUGAUGAUAUUUAGAUAAAGCGUUAAUAUGUAUACUUUCUUGCUUUAAUUAAUGGAUUAUACAUAUUAUGAAAGCUAUUUAAUAUGUUAAGAUCUUUGUCAUAAAACUCAGUUUUACAUGUCAAUGAAUUUGGUGCAAAGAUAUUCUAUAUAUAUUUGUUUUGUGCUAUUACAUUUUGAACUAGUGUAAACAUGUUCAAUCAUAUUGUAAAAUCGUUAUUGUUGGUAAUUUGAUGAUUGAAAAUAAAAUUGAA